GGGUGUCCCGGCAUGACGUCAGAGCUGGGCAAACAAACGCACGCUCGCGAGCGCUCAGGUGAGGUGAAGUUUAGUUAAAGUAAAACUUUUCGUCCAGGAGGAAAAAUGUCUGUGAGUUUCCUGCUGGAGAGAGACACGGCCAUGUACGGGAGACACCUGAACCUCGCUCAGCCUCACCUGAACGUCUAUCCGUCCACCCCGUACCCGGAUUACACCGGAUACCACCCGGUUUCUGCCCUCGGCAAUGACCUCCAUCACACCGGGAGCGCGUGGAGUCCCGGAUUCGGCUCAGCGGCACGUGAGGACUGGCCGCCACUGUACGGGCACGGGACAGGUCACUCUCUGCCGGGUAACGGCGUGGAGGUGAACGUCAUUCCAUCGGUCGAUCAGGGGCUGCUGAGCGGCGGACAGAGCGCGCCAGUGGAGAGAGAAGAACCGCAGGAUUGGAUGAGACGCGCAACCGGUCCUGCAAUUCCAGGUGGAAAGACCCGAACGAAAGACAAAUACAGAGUCGUGUACAGCGACAUGCAACGUCUGGAGCUCGAGAAAGAAUUUCAUUUCAGUCGCUACAUCACCAUCAGGCGGAAGGCAGAGCUCGCUGUGAACCUCAGCCUAUCAGAGCGACAGGUGAAGAUUUGGUUUCAAAACAGACGAGCUAAAGAGAGGAAGAUGAACAAGAAGCGUCUGCAGCAGGUUCAGCAGACGUCACAGCCCAGCACGUCAAUCCACAGCAACGUCGCCAUGGUUACCAGCACCAAUAACAGUUUGAUGACAGAUAUAUCAACCACUAUCAAAGAGGAAUAUUGAGAACUCUUUAUAACUGAAGGAUAAACACUAAAUGUUUACACAGAUUCAGUAACACUGAACGCUCACAUUGCACUACACAAAUGACAUGCAAACACAUUUUAUUGUGAAUAAAGCACAAAGUAUUUCAAUUUUUGUAAAGAAUAAAUAUGAUUCUUGUGUAUGAUGAACAUUCUGAACUGCUUUUGAUAUGACCACGCUAACUGUUGAAAAUUAUUGUUGGAUGACUGUAUAUUAAGUGCCUAUUUCACAAUGAGUGCCAAUAUGUUUCGCUGUUUUGUAAAAUACUUUCUACUAAAUCUACUGAAUCAUUAAAAAUAACUUUAUUGAUGUCUCUAGAA